ACUUUAUAAUUUGUAUUUAUUGGCAUAGAUAUAUAAAAGUGAAAUGUUUUGUUUGCUAUUUUAAUAUUUGUAUAUUAAUUGAUUUCACUGACACUGGAAGGCAGAAAAAUGAAUCAGAAUCAGAAUCAGGUUUAUUGGCCAUGUGUGUUGACACACACAAGGAACUUGGUUCCAGGUGUUUGUGACUCUCAAAAGUAAAGACAUAUAUAACAUUAUACUACACAAGACAGGACAAUACAGACUGUGGUUAAAAACACAGGAGGAAGUAAAUGGCUGAAUCUUCAUCACCAACAGAAAGCAGAAGGGGGAACAUGGAAGAACCAGAAUUAUUUUCUCAUGACUCCAGCAGUCUCCUGUUUUUGUUCGAUCAGCUGCUGUGUCCGAUCUGUAUGGAUGUGCUCACUGAUCCAGUCACCACUCCAUGUGGACACAACUUCUGUAAGAGCUGCCUUACACUGUGCUGGGAUAAGAAUCAACACUGUCAAUGUCCAUUAUGUAACCAGAUAUUCACUAAGAGACCUGAACUGAAGUUUAAUACAACACAGAGAGAGGUUAUAGAUCACUUCAAGACGAAACGUGGUUCUGACAAACCUGAGGUUCUUUGUGAUGCCUGCAGUGGAGAGAAGCUAAAGGCCCUAAAAUCCUGUCUGGAUUGUGGACUGAGUUUCUGUAAAAUUCAUUUAGAGCCACAUUAUCAUGUUCCAAAACUUAAGAAACACAAACUAAUAAACCCUGUGGAGAACCUGGAGGCCAACAUAUGCCAGAAACAUGAGCGAGUUCAGGACAGACUGAAGAAGAUAGAAGAGAUCCAACACUCAGUAGAACAAAGCAAAAGAAGCACAGAGAAAGAGAAAGCAGACAUUGUUGAAGUCUUCACUGCUCUGAUUCGCUCCUUUGAGAGAAGUCAGGCUGAGCUGCCAGGGAUGAUGGAGGAGAAGCAGAAAGUAGCAGAGAUGCAGGCUGAAGGACUCAUUAAAGAGCUGGAGCAGGAAAUCAGUGUGCUAAAGAUAAGAGACACUGAGCUGGAGCAGCUCUCACACACUGAGGAGCAUCUCCAUCUCCUACAGAUUUAUUCCUCCAUGUGCAGCCCUCCACACACCAAGAACUGGACUGAGAUCAGCAUUAAGACUGAUGUGAGUGGGGACACUGUGAGGACAGCUCUGUCCCAGCUUCAGCAGACUCAGAAUGAGAAACUCACUAAAUUAGUCAAUGACAAGUUAAAGGAAACAGACAGUGAUGUUUUCUUGUCAUUAGUUUCCACAGAUCUGAAGUGGAUUCAGCAGUAUGCAGUGGAUGUGACUCUGGAUCCUGAUACAGCAAAUCCAUGUCUCAUCCUGUCUGCUGAUGGAAAACGAGUGAGAGAUGGAGACAAACCACAGAAUCUCCCUGAUACACCACAGAGGUUUUGUACAUGUCUAUGUGUUCUGGGAAAUCAGAGUUUUUGCUCAGGGAGAUUUUAUUAUGAGGUGGAGGUCAGAUGGAAAUCUAGCUGGGAUGUUGGAGUGGCCACAGAGAACAUUAACAGGAAGGGGGAGAUUACACUGACCCCUGAGGAUGGAUUCUGGGCUGUGGCACUGAGGAAUAAGUAUCGGUAUAAGGCUUGUGCUGGUCCCUCUGUCCCCCUCACACUGAGAGAGAGGGUGGAGGUGGUGGGGGUGUUUGUGGAUUAUGAGGAGGGUCUGGUCUCCUUUUAUGAUGUGAAGUCCAGAUCUCAUAUCUACUCUUUCACUGGUCAGACUUUCACUGAGAAACUCUAUCCAUACUUCAGUCCUGGUUUUAAUAAUGGAGGUAAAAAUUCAACACCACUGAUCAUCUCUCCUGUAUUUAAGACUGAUUUAAACCUCACAAAUUUGAUCAUCAGAUGGUAAGAGUAAAAAGAAUUUGUUUACUUUUUUGGUUAGAUUUUAGAAAUACAUAUAUCCCUUUAAAAUGCUGUACAUAUUAUUUUAAUACCUGGUUUUAAUUGUAAUCCUACAGUCUGUUAUGAUUGUGACAUUAUGAUUGUAGAAUCUUUUCUAUACGAAUCACAUAUUAAACUAUCCAGCAAUCAGGA